CAAGGCUGUCUUAUUUCAGAAUAUUAUCAGUGAUAAAGUUGACUAUUAUUCUUAGUUAAUCUUAGAUUGUUGUAAUAUGCUUAUGACUUGCGAAUGUAAUGCUCAGUCACCUUAAAUAAAACAGGCUUGAUGACGUAUGCAGCCUGCAUUUGCGACCUCCGGAGGAUGUAGCUUUCGGAUUGAGAAAUGACAGUGUAGGCUACUGUGAAACUUUCUCUGAGAAAAGCUACUGCUAUGGAAACAUACGCUCAUUGAUCGUAGAAAGUAUAUAAUACAUGUAAAUAUUUUUGCACUCGCAAUAAGAAAUAGUUUAUUUUCUUUCGUUGUACCUGAUCAAUUUUGCUCACCGCUGCAAACGAAAGUGCCUCACAUCAGACGUCAGUUAUUCACUCGUCAUUAAAGAGAGACGAAAUUGCGGAUAAAACUUUUGGAAUUAAAUUAUAACACUUCAGAUCGGUUAUUAUUUGCUUCUGUUCUGAGAACGGCUGAAGAAAUGUUUGAUGUUAUAUUCUGUUUGUGGAGUCUGUUUGGUGUGUUUAGUAGUGAGUUUGUGUCAGUGAUGGAGGGUGAAUCUGUCACUUUAACUGACAAUCUCACUGAAAUACAGAUUAAAGAGGGAAUCUCCUGGAAGUUUGGACCUCAGGAAAUCACCAUAGCUGAAGUCGAGGUUGGUGACAGUUAUAUCAUUUUAUACAAAGAUAGAGCUGAUGGGAGAUUCAGAGACAGACUGAAGCUAAACAACCAAACUGGAUCUCUCACCAUCACCAACAUCACAACCACAGACUCUGGACUUUAUCAACUAAUCAACACCAACACAAAGAACCAACUCAAUAUAUUCAAUCUUACUGUCUAUGCUCGUCUGCCCAAUCCUGUCAUCAGCAGCAUCUUUCCUCAAAACUCCUCUUCAUCAUCAAGCUCAAACUGUUCCUUCUUGUGUUCAGUGUUUAAUGUGAGAGAUGUGAGUCUGUCCUGGUUUAAAGGAAACAGUUUAUUGUCCAUCAUCAGUGUGUCUGAUCUCAACAACAACAGCAGCAUCUCUCUUCAUCUGAAGUGUCUGGAUGAUUCUUACAACUGUGUGGUGAACAAUCCCAUCAGAAACCAAACCCAACAUCUCAAUACUGAUCUCUGUCAGACGUGUUCAGAUGAUGUCACAGCCACAUACGUCAGCUGUUGUGGUUUUACUGAAGCUGUGAUCCGAUUGGUUGUCUCUGCUCUGGUGGGCGUGGCUGCUGUUGCUUUUCUGGUUUAUGACUUCAGAACCAGAAGGGAUGAACAGAAGAGGAUAAGAUCAGAUAUAUCGUUAAAUCCACCUGAUUCAACUGGGUGUGUCAGUGUGGUUGGUAGUGAGUCUAGGUCAGUGACUGAGGGCGAUUCUGUCACUUUAUUUGUCAAUGUCACUGAAACAAAAGAGGGAAUCUCCUGGAAGUUUGGACCUGAAAUCACCAUAGCUGAAAUUGAGGUUGGUGGCAAAAAUAUCACUUUAUAUGAAGAGAGAGCUGAUGGAAGAUUCAGAGACAGACUGAAGUUAAACAAUCAGACCGGAUCUCUGAUCAUCACAAACACCAACAUCACUGGACUUUAUCAACUAAUCAACACCAACACAAAGAACCAACUGAAUAUAUUUAAUCUAAUUGUCUAUGCUCCUCUGCCCAUUCCUGAAAUCAAGAGGACCUCAACACAAUGUUCUUCAUCAUCAUCAUCAUCAUCAUCAAAUUGUUCAUUAUUGUGUUCAGUGAUGAAUAUGAGAGAUGUGAGUCUGUCCUGGUACAUAGGAAACAGUUUAGUAGACAAAAUCAGUGUGUCUGAUCUCAACAUCAGCAACAUCUCUCUUCAUCUGGCGGUGGAUUAUCAGGAUAACAACACAUACAGCUGUGUGGCGAACAAUCCCAUUAAAAACCAAACUAAACAUCUCAAUAUCAAGGAUGUCUGUCAGUGUUCAGAUAACAACCCAUAUCAUAUAAUUUGGAUCUGUUCUGGUGUUGCUGGAUGUCUGAUGUUUGUAACUGCAGUUCUGACAGUCUGGAUCUACAGAAAACACACAAACACACAGCAACAGGUUCAUAGCGGUGGAGAGGAGCUCAUUUAUGCCGACACAACAUUUCAUAAAAGACAAACACAUAAACCGGGAGCUCCAGUAGAGGAUGACGUGGUGUAUGCAGGAAUCAUGAGUCGAUGAACAAACUCUGUUCACUGAGUGAUGCUGAGAAGAUAAAAAUUAUCUGACCACAGUCACAAAUAAGUUUAGAGUAAAUACAGAAGUUCAAAUAGUUCUGGAUCUUUAGUUGUUAUAAGUAGAAACACACACUGUCUAUAACAAAACCAUUCAAAGUGACAAAGUAAUUAAAAGCUUACAUAAAGACUC